GCCAAAAUAAGACCCUGAGAACAGACUGUUGCCAGACUGACCUGCUGUCUUCCAGUCUUCAAGAAUCUUGUCUGCUGGACAAGGAUCUGCAGAAAUAACAGGCCCUAGGGAAGAACUAGGGAUCACCAAAGUAGCUCCGCACAACAAAACCCCAAAUCCCUGGCCGGUGUGCAGGAGGAAACCAGCGAUACCCAAGAAUGGAGCCAUGGGCAGUGACCCUGCAUCCUUCGGAACCCACACUGAUUCCCAGAAACGCCUCCCUGGAUGGAACAACCUGGUCAUCAGAGCAGGUGAGGGAGCCCCUGUCAGAGGCCGAAAGAGAGCACGGCCAUGUCUACUUUUCCCUGCUCAUCUGUGUCCCCGGAGUCACUGGGAACGGACUCCUGAUACUGUUUCUCAUCUUCUGCGUCAAGAGGAAGCCGUUCACCGUCUACAUUCUGCAUCUGGCCAUUGCCGACUUGAUGGUCCUUCUCUGCUCGUCCAUCUUCCAGCUGGUGGACAGCCUCCACCUGCACGAUGACACCUUGCUGAGCUACGUCCUCCUCCUCAUGAUCUUCGGCUACAACACGGGUCUGCACCUGCUCACUGCCAUCAGCGUGGAGCGCUGCCUCUCGGUGCUCUACCCAAUCUGGUACCAGUGCCGCCGCCCGAGGCACCAGUCGGCCGUGGCCUGCGCACUGCUGUGGGCUCUUUCGGUGCUGGUAUCGGGGCUGGAAAAUUUCUUCUGCCUUCUGGCAGCGGAGCCGAGAUUCCCAGAGUGCCGAUACGUGUACGCCUUCUCCUGGGUCUUGACCUUCCUUGUCUUCGUUCCUCUCAUGAUCUUCUCCAACUUGAUCCUCUCCGUCCAGGUCUGCUGCCACCUCAAGUCCCGUCAACCGGCCAAGCUCUAUGUGAUCGUCACGGCCACCGUGGUCUUGUUCCUGGUCUUCGCCAUGCCCAUGAAGGUCCUGUUCAUCAUCGUCUACUACUCCAACCCCAGCGACGAGUCUGUGUGGAAGUUCUUCCCCUAUCUGAACCUGCUGUCCACCAUCAAUUGCAGUGUGAAUCCAAUUGUCUAUUUCGUGGUGGGUGGUCUUAGGAGAAAGAAAAGUAGAAAGUCCCUGAAAGAAGCGCUGCUGAAGGUCUUUGAGGAAAAGCCAGAGCCAACUUCAGGUGGGCACGCUGCCCCUUCCUCUCCGACCUCGAGGUCCUGAGGACACUCUUGAGGAUCGGAAGCUAUCUCCGUGGGAAAAGGUAACAUGUUCUGAAAACACCUCUCUGCUUUCCCACCUGCAGCUCACCUGAGAUAAAAAUCAGUUCCUUUGUUCCUCCUGGGAAUUAGUAAUAGCAACAAGACGCGCAGUCCCCACGAUCCACCUGGCCACUGUGGCUUCGUGACAGCUCACCUUUUAGGACACUUAUUCUCUUCCAGGCACCAAGCCCCACGUUUUACACACAUUGUCUCAUUUCAUGUCUUAACAACCUUAGGAAUCAACACUGUUACUCGGCCAUGAAAGGUGAAGGAAGUGGAGCUUCCAGAGGUUUAGUAAGGUUACGGAGCAUGGAAGGCCCAGCUGGACCGGGACCCGCAGAGCCCGACCCCAAGCCCCUCCUUGCACCAUGAUACCCAGGACUAUCUUUGAGAGGUGAUAUCUUAAACUGUUUGCACUAAUGUCUUCAACACCACUCCCCACUGUCUCUCCCUUAGGUCUUCUUGUCAAACCUUGUGCUCCUGAUUAGUCAGAGGAAAACGUUUUCUUCUUAGAAAGGAAUGUGAAUUGUUGGAGACGCAAAGAUGACUUACAAGGGACUAUCAGCCUGUCCUAUAGAAGUGUCCCUAUUAUUUACAUAUUAAGAAUUCAUCCCAGUUCAAUCUCCAACACCACAAAAAGGAAAAAAAAAAAAAAAAGAAUUCAUCCUGGGAUGCGUUGGGGAAAAGGAGAGCUAUCCCAUAAGUCCUUUAAGAA